GCCCCUCCAUUUCGGUGAUCCCCAGUGACAUGGUGGUCCAAGGAGAAAAAGUCACCAUCCAGUGCACAAAUGAAUAUGACCAAUUUGCAGAAUUUAGUCUCAUCAAACAAGGGGCUUCAGAACAACCACCAGCCAAAAGCACAGUGCAGAAAAUAGCCGAAUUCCUUAUUCCCAGUGCCCAAGAAUCAGACGGAGGGAUCUAUUUUUGUGACUAUCGAUUAUACCAGAGCUUUGACAGAUACUCAAAAUUCAGUAACAGAACAUAUAUCAAUAUAACAGAUCCCAGCGUCUCCAAACCUUCCAUCCAUGUGGAACCAAAGGGACAGCAAAUUCUUGAUGCGAAUGUCUGGAUCCACUGCCAGGGGCCAGAGAACAACUUGACCUUCUCCCUCUAUCGGUCAGCAGACUUUAUAACAUCCCAAAGGACAAAACCAGAGAGUUCCUUGGCCAAGUUUCCCAUCUUUGGGGUCAGGCUGGAAGACACAGGGAACUACAGUUGUCGCUAUCAGCUGAGAGGAAAACCCUUUGUGUGGUCAGGGUUAAGUGACCCUGUGCAGCUGGAGGUGAGAG